UGGGUCCCUCCGACGGUGUCUGGGUGUGUCCUUCAGGGAGCGGGGUGCCUUCGUCUGCCUGUCCCCUGUUUCUCGUGCUGACGCUCCCUCUGUCCUCCCCGCCCCCCGUCACUCCUUUUCUCCCUCCCUUCCUCCUUGUGAGGAGUCUCUUGGCCGGGGUCCCUGAGCCCGGGCGGGUGCUGGAGAAGGACGCAGAAGGGGUGAGGUCACGUCUCCCUUGAGCCCCGAGCCGCUGGCUUUUCAGAGCCUCGCCACGAACCAGCGGCCAGAGCCCUAGACCACACAGACCGUGCGCUCCUCCACCCUCCCUGCGCCACCGGCCUCGCCCAUGUCUCAGUACGCCCCCAGCCCGGACUUCAAGAGGGCUUUGGACAGCAGCCCCGAGGCCAACACUGAAGAUGACAAAACCGAGGAGGACGUCCCCUUGCCCAAGAACUACCUGUGGCUCACCAUCGUCUCGUGUUUCUGCCCUGCGUACCCCAUCAACAUCGUGGCUUUGGUCUUUUCCAUAAUGUCUCUGAACAGCUACAACGACGGAGACUACGAAGGAGCCAGGCGGCUCGGGCGGAAUGCUAAGUGGGUGGCCAUCGCCUCCAUCAUCAUUGGCCUUCUCAUCAUCGGCAUUUCUUGUGCAGUUCACUUCACAAGGAAUUCCUGAGGAAUCAGCAGUUGGUCAGCAGGCUGUGAGCAUGGAGGAUGCACCUCAUCCACACACACCCCAAAGGAGUUUCUGAGGAAUGGAUCCUUGACUUCAGACUGUGAGAUCUUUUCCUCCAGGACUCUCCAGAGGCAGGUCCCUGGCAAAUGAACAAGGAAAAAAAAAAAAAGAAGUCCAAAUUUUUAGGAAAUUCAAGCUGCACAGCCGGAUCAGCCAAAGUCAUUGAUUUGUAAAAAUGAAAAGAAAACAGAAAAAAGAAAAAUGAAAUCUCACUGUCGCAGUUUAGCGAAUCCCGUGGUGUCUACUCCUGUCCUCCAGAGGCAAGCCUCAGGAAAUCGCAUAAUUUUUCACUGGGGUGAUCCAAGGGUCUCCAUAUAGGGGGAGAGGGAAGUUUCUAGAAGAGCAGUAAGUGCUAGUUUUUACAAUUUCGAGCACAAACAUUUGCAGCAUGUUUAAAAUUGUCUAGUAGAGCUCAAGUUGUGGAUUUGCUUUUCCUUUUGUUCUGACAUGUUGUAGCCUCACUUCAACUUUCAGCAACUCUUCCUCUGGGAGUCAGCACUCCCAUGCCCAGAAUUCACCCAUCUGGUUACCGAAGACCCAAAGAAGGGGCUUUUCUGGCCUUUUGUCUUGAUCUUUAAUGUUUUCAAAUAGGCCCCCUCUCUUGCUUGCAUCCACGUUGGUCGACUUGACCACAACCUCACUCUUCACUCAAACAGACUCUGAGAAUGGACUUAGUGGCCAAUUCUAGGCACAUGAGCACCUUCUUCAUCCCAGUGUUGGAAAUACACUGGAUGUAUUUAUACAAUGUGCUUUUUUUUUUUUUCCAAUCUCUCUCUCUCUCCUCUCUUUCUCUAGCAAGUCUCAGGCAAGAGAUCUUUCAUUUUCCUGGAUGCCACUUGGAAAUGCCACCCAUUGUAUUUCUUUUCUGUCAAAUGUAAACCCUUUAGAUGUGAACGUACUGGUUUAAUGAUGCCAUUAUUCUGCCUGCCAGAACACAGUAACCCCAUGUCUCACAGAGCAUGAGGAGUGUGCCACUGGUGGUACACAAGAUCACUUUUCAGUAGUUUCUAGGAACGACUUUAAGUAAUACCAAAUCCCAAAGAAUGUCUCCCCUUUCCUAUUCUUUUUUCAUCCUGAUUACAGCAAGGAGAAAGUCUCUGUUUAGCACUGGCGGGCCCUUAACACCUUGCCCGACACAAUGGCUCUUUUCCCUUUUUAACAAAGAAAGAGCAGUCCUCGGGUUUAGAGUCUUCUGUCUAGAUAGAAUUUAAUGCUAUUGUCUUGUGUCAUGGUAUUUAUUUUAUUUAUUACCUUCCAUCUACAGCCUCCCACAGUCGGGGAUGUGAUAUAUUGUUUCUGUUCAAAUAAAUUAAGAAAAACA